GCAUUUUUUAAAAUUGGAUGCCAUCGAUCUUUCAAAGGACCUACCUGUCGAGAUACUUCACACGUUGUUACUGGAAUGACAAAAUAUUGUUUCAUAAUUGUGUAUGAUAACUUUAUGGAUAAUAAUCAUAUUGCGUCAUUGACAGAUCUAUUCCGCAAUUACAACUCAAAAGCUUUACACCGUAACAUGACAUCAUCAUUGAAAAACAUUCGCUCAUUUGUCGGUAGAGAAUACAAGAUCAUGGUACAGCUACUUCCUUCGUUGCUUGAACAAUCGCGUCUGGAUAAUCCCAGAUUAUAUCCUAGCCAAACAGUUUUCGAAUCAAUUUUCAAUUGCUUCAACACGUUAGGAUCACUUUCUUCUCUCAUAUACAUGGAAAAAAUUGAUAAUUUCGAACAACAUAGAAAUAUGUUAGUCGUUUUAGUAACAGAAACAAUAGCGGCUAUGGAUAAUCUUCAGCAUACAUCAAUACAAAAUUCACACGGUAGAUCAGCAAAUUCUGGACAAACUCCCCUAGCAAAAAUGAAAUUCUCAUCAUUAUGUAACAGACUAAAAGCACACUUGCUAGUCCAUUUAUCAGACGAUGUAGAAAUAUUUGCUGGUGGUCCUCACACUGAGGCUGAACGUUGUGAACAGCAACACAAGUUUAUGCGAGAGCUACUAUGCCAUACUAAUUGCCAUAAUGGUUCAAGAGAUGUAGCAUUAAGAUUUUCGGAAGAAUAUAUGCUACGCCAUAUGUGCCAAGGUGGAUCAUUUAUAAGAGAUUCUUCGGCACCAAUGUAUGAAAUAUGCAGUGAAGGAGUUCUUUUGUCUUAUGAUACAAUGCUUUUUCAAAGCGAGCUUGAAUUGUUAGACAAUGAUAACGGUAAUAAUAAGCUGACUGUUGGUCUCGCUGCUCUAUUCAGAAACAUGAACAGCCCAACAAAUGGUCAAACUCUUGGAAGGAUUUCCCAAAAAGCAAACGGUUAUUAAUUCGUUGAAGCUUUUAGAUUUGUGCCAAUAAGAGAUGAACAUCUUGGUAUGGUAAGCAUUUUCAGCACAUCCUGGCCGGAAACUUUGUAACCCGUAGACUGCCAUCCCAAGAUUUUUUAAUCGAAGAUACGAGUUCCGAAGACUAUGAGGUUUAAAAUGUUUUUGAUAUGUCACAAAUGCCUAUAGAUGCACAGAUCAGAAAUAACCAACAGUUUUCCGUCGUCAAUAAGUCCCUAUUUUGGAACUUUAUGGUGGCUUCAUAAUACAACUUGUAGAUACGAUAAAAUUAUUCACUAAUUCUUCUUUAUAAAUACCCAAGUAAUACCUGUAUCUUUUUAAUUAAGUGGAAAAUUUAUUGUUUUC